GACGGCAACAGAGGUAAUGGCAGUCCGACCAGCAUUCCGCCAUCUUCUUUCUCACUUGCAAAGCUGCACAUGCCCAACAACCCUCAAGCGUUCAAUCUUCCCCAAACGCUCAAUCCCACUUCAUGGGAAUCUAUCUUUUCUCUUCUCUACCUCUCACAAACCUACCAAUCCUCGGUCUCUUUCCACGUCUAAAGCUGCUAAAGAAAGCAUGUUGGUGCUGAAGAAAGAUGAGAGAUUGGGGAAUGGAGAAGUGAGCUGUGCAGAGCCAGUUUUGAGUUCAAGCACAAUUGCAGCUAUUGUGACUUCACUGGGUGGGCCACCAGGCGCAGUGGGUAUUGUCCGGCUAUCUGGUCCUUCUGCAGUGUCUAUAGCUGCACGAGUAUUUCAACCCAUGUCGAGAAAGAGGAGAAAACGCUCUCGUUGGUGCCCUACUAGCCAUGUAGUUGAGUAUGGUGUGGUUUUGGAUUCACAUGGCAAUGUAAUUGAUGAGGUUUUGGUGGUUCCCAUGUUGUCCCCGAAAUCUUAUACUCGUGAGGAUGUGGUUGAGCUUCAGUGUCAUGGAAGUGAAGUGUGUUUGCGCCGUGUCUUAAGGGCUUGCCUAGAUGCUGGGGCCAGACUUGCAGACCCAGGUGAAUUUACCCUCCGUGCUUUCUUAAAUGGUCGUUUGGAUCUAUCCCAAGCUGAAAAUGUGGGAAAACUUAUAUCAGCCAAGUCAACAGCUGCUGCAGAUGCUGCAUUGGCAGGAAUACAGGGAGGUUUUUCUUCUAUGGUAAAAUCAUUGAGAGCUCAGUGCAUUGAGUUACUUACGGAGAUUGAAGCUCGACUAGAUUUUGAUGAUGAGAUGCCACCCCUUGACUUCAACCUAGUCAUAGAUAAGAUACAUAAGAUGUUGCAAGAAGUGGAUAAUGCCUUAGAAACUGCCAAUUAUGACAAACUUUUGCAGUUCGGAGUACAGAUAGCAAUUGUUGGGCGACCAAACGUUGGGAAAUCAAGCCUUCUUAAUGCAUGGAGCAAAAGUGAGAGAGCAAUAGUUACCAAUAUUGCUGGCACAACACGCGAUAUUGUAGAAGCCAAUAUUAGUGUUGGUGGAAUCCCCGUUACACUUCUUGAUACAGCUGGCAUCAGGGACACUGAUGACGUGGUGGAAAAAAUUGGUGUUGAAAGGUCUGAAGCAGUUGCAACAAGUGCUGAUGUCGUAGUCAUGGCUGUAAGUGCAGCUGAGGGGUGGACUGCAGAGGAUGAAAGACUUCUUGAGAGAAUUCAAAGCAAUAAGAUUGCAUCUUCAUCGACUUCCCCUGUUGUUCUUGUGGUCAACAAAAUAGACUGCGCUUCAUCUUCUUGCGAGUGGGUCGAUGCACUUUCUUGCUCUUUCAAUAAACAUGUUUUUACCUGUGCUGUGACUGGUCAAGGGCUCUCGGAUUUAGAGUCUGCAGUUGUAGAGCUAGUGGGUCUGGAUAAGAUCCCUGCUGGAGGUCGCAAAUGGACUGUGAACCAGAGGCAAUGCGAGCAGCUGGUUCGGACCAGGGAGGCGUUUCUGAGGUUGCAAUCAUCGAUCGAGGAAGAGAUACCUCUAGAUUUUUGGACAAUUGACCUGAGAGAAGCUGCUUUGGCUCUUGGACAAAUAAGCGGAGAAGACAUCUCCGAAGAAGUUUUGUCCAACAUAUUCGGCAAAUUCUGCAUCGGGAAGUAGUUUCAGAAACUCAACUGGAAACGUAAAUCGCAGAAGUACGUUCUCCUUGCCUUAUUUUUGUCGGACGCAUUAGGAACUUUACCUCCGUUAGUUUGAAAUAUCUUGCUGAUGUCUUGAUACUCAUUACCAG